CGCGCGGGGCGGGUGUUCGCGGAGGAAGGAGGCGGCGGCCGACGAGGCUGCCUGGCCUCGUUUAGAACGAUAAUGAAACAGCAACCGGCUGCGGCCGCUAUGACAACCAGCCCCGCUAGCGCCGGCAACGCCGUUCCGGCCUUUCUCAGUAAGCUGUGGGCGCUGGUGGGAGACGCACCAAGCAAUCAGCUUAUCACCUGGAGCCAGAAUGGCCAGAGUUUCCUUGUAUUGGAUGAACAGAGGUUUGCAAAAGAGAUUCUUCCGAAGUACUUCAAGCACAACAACAUGGCAAGCUUCGUGAGACAAUUAAAUAUGUACGGUUUCCGUAAGGUAGUCCAUGUUGACUCUGGUAUUGUCAAAUUGGAGCGGGAUGGCCCUGUUGAGUUCCAGCACCCUUAUUUCAAGCAGGGACGGGAGGAUUUAUUAGAACUCAUUAAAAGAAAGGUUUCUUCUUCAAGACCAGAGGAAAACAAAAUUCGUCAGGAAGACCUAUCUAAAAUCAUAAGUAGCGCUCAGAAAGUUCAAAUUAAACAAGAGACUAUUGAAUCCAGACUCUCUGCUCUGAAAAGAGAAAAUGAAUCUCUUUGGCGUGAAGUAGCAGAACUGAGAGCAAAACAUUUGCAGCAGCAACAAGUUAUUCGCAAGAUUGUACAGUUCAUUGUUACCCUUGUUCAGAAUAACCAGCUUGUAAGUUUAAAACGCAAGCGCCCAUUGCUUCUGAAUACCAAUGGGGCUCCAAAGUCCAACUUGUUCCAGCAUAUAGUCAAAGAACCUGCAGAAAACAAACAUCACGUACCACUCAACAGGACCGAUAGUUUAAAGCAAAGAGAACAGUUAUUAGAGGAUAUAAUUAUUUAUGAUAUCACUGAUGAUGUUGGUGAUGAAGAAAAAGCUCCAGUUACACCAGAAACCAGUGAGGACAUGGCUUCAGAUUCAAACUGUAGCCAUUCUCCUGAUAUUGUAAUAGUAGAAGAUGACAAUGAGGAUGACUACGGUCCUAUAAUUCAAGAAAAUACAAAUACUGCAUCAGUAACUGUUCCAGCCAGUGGUUCUGUCAGUCCUUCCACUGAUGGUUCAAGUCCAUUAAUGUCCAGUGCUGUGCAGUUAAACAGCCAGUCAGCCUUAACUGCCGAAGAUCCAGUCUCAAUGAUGGAUUCUAUACUCAGUGAGAAUGGUGUGAUUUCACAAAAUAUCAAUCUUCUGGGAAAGGUUGAGCUUCUCGACUACCUUGAGAGCAUUGAUUGCAGUUUAGAGGACUUCCAGGCCAUGCUCUCAGGACGGCAGUUCAGCAUAGACCCAGAUCUUCUAGUAGAUCUUUUUUCAAGUUCCGUGCAGAUGAAUCCUACAGGUCAUAUCAGUAGUACAAAAUUGGAGACAAAGGGAAUUGAAACUAUGAAAACAAAUGGCAGUCACCCAGCUAAUCAAGAUGUGCCUGAUUGUACCUCCAAAUCAGAUAAACAACUUGUUCAGUAUACUGCCUUCCCCCUUCUUGCAUUCCUUGAUGGAAAUCCCAACUCCGCAGUAGAAAGUGCAAAUUCCACAUCUGAAGCGGCAUCUUCUGUAGAUAAACCAUUAGAAGUAGAUGAACUCCUAGAAAGUAGUCUAGAUCCUCAGCCAACCCAAAGCAAACUCGUCCGCCUGGAACCGUUGACGGAAGCAGAAGCCAAUGAAGCCACUCUAUUUUAUCUGUGUGAACUUGCUCCUGUGCCAAUGGACACUGAUAUGCCACUACUGAACAACUAACACAAGAGAUGACACACAUUAUUUAUUUAGACUAUCUUUUGUAAAUGGCGUUUGGUGAGAGCAUAUAAUGUGGAACCCAGAACAGCUAAUUCUAUAUCCCACCAAUUCAGAGCAGUUCAAGUGUUUAUACAAACCCAGUUUGUUCACAUUAGUACACUUUUAGUGCCGUCUAUUUGGAACUAUAUGUAUUCUGAAUAUACCAGGUAAUCAAAUAUGCUCUAUUAACCUGUUACGGUUUUCUUGUUUGCUUUUGGUCCUAAUGUAAGAUUGAUUCAAGUAAUUCAUUAGUGUACUGUGGGGGGGAGGGGGUGACAUAGCACUCCAGUUUUAUUCUCCUGUACUUUGUUUUUCUAUUUUUACAACUUUGUUUAAAUAAAACUGUUAGGGGACCAGAA